GCUCUAAACUCCAACAGGACCACUUCAUUCACCAUGGUUAAGAUUACCUUCUACGAGGACCGAAACUUUCAGGGCCGCUCUUAUGAGUGCAGCUCGGACAAUCCAGAUAUCUCCUCAAAUCUGAGUCGCUGCAAUUCCAUCAGAGUGGAAAAUGGGAACUGGAUUCUCUAUGAACAACCCAAUUACAGAGGAAACCAGUACUUCCUUAGGAAAGGAGAAUAUCCCAACUUUCAACAAUGGAUGGGAUUUAAUGACUCUAUCCGAUCCUGCCGCCUGACUCCACAGCACAGAGGUCCAUUCCAGUUGAGGAUCUAUGAAAAAGAAGAUUUCCGAGGUCAGAUGAUGGAGUUUACUGAAGAUUGUCCUCAAGUCUAUGAGCAAUUCCGCUACCAUGACAUCCACUCCUGCCAUGUGCUUGAUGGCCACUGGGUGUUCUAUGAGGAGCCCAACUACAGAGGACGUCAGUAUUAUCUGAGACCUGAAGAAUAUAGGAGAUACACCGACUGGGGUGCCAUGACUCCCAGGGUUGGAUCAUUCAAAAGAGUACAGUACUAUCAAUAAUAUGAAUUAAAUUGAAUUUGUAUUGCACACAAUAAACAUCAGUUAAAUUUUAAA